UGUAAUUAUACACCGAAAGUGACAACGUUGACGGAAGUGGUGACCCAUUUCUUGUUAAAAAGAGCGCCACUUUGAAAUCUUAAAAACCAUUUCGGACGCACUUCAUAGAAAUGAUGUCCUUCGAUCCACCUGAACUCCACCGCGGUCAGCUGUUUGUCUUUGAAGGAAUCGACCGAUGUGGCAAGUCGACGCAAUGCGAAAAUUUAAAGUCGUCCCUGGAAGGUGUUGGACGAACCGUCGUUUUGUACAGUUUCCCAAAUCGUGAGACGGCUAUUGGUUCUGUGAUAGAUAAAUAUCUUAAGAAAGAAAUCGAUUUACCUGACCAAGCGAUCCACCUUCUCUUCACUGCUAAUCGAUGGGAGACCAUGAAAGAUAUCCAAAAGAUGUUACUUAAUGGUGUCACAGUUAUCAUGGACCGUUAUGCUUACUCAGGAAUUUGCUAUUCUGUUGCUAAAGGGACCCUUUCGCUUUUAUGGUGCAAGGCCCCUGAUAGAGGCAUCAUCAAACCAGAUUGUAUCUUCUUUCUUGAUUUGAGUCCAUUAAAAGCAAACAGACGAGCGGGUUACGGUGAAGAACGGUACGAAGUGAUUGAGUUCCAGGAGAAAGUUCGUGACCAAUUUUUGAAAAUAAAAGAUAGUUCUUGGAAGGUCAUCAACGCAGACAAACCAACUGACGAUAUCGCUGCUGAAAUCUAUGAUCAUGCCGUGCGGGUGAACAACAGGAAAAUGAAAAAGCUAUGGAUUGAUGACUUAUAUAAUACUUGUGAUUUAUGCUCCAAACCAUAGCAUUCACUGGCACUGCAUUUUAUUGGGGGGGGGGUCUGUGUGUAGGUUUUUUUGUUUUUUUUUUUAUGUUUAUAAUUCUGGCACAAGACCUGCAAUUUUGUGAGGGAGUGGGGGCAGGGUAGUUGAUUACAUUAACCCCCAACACUUUAUUUUGGUACUUUAAGUUGUUGACUUUGGCAAGCCUUGAACUAAAUGCCCCGUGGCAUCUUCCCUGUGCUCUCAUCCUUUUUUUUUUUUUCCCCUAAUUUCCAAUUUUGGGACCUCGUCAGUAAUUUCGAAGGGAGGUGAUUAUAUCGAUCCCUGUACUUUGCUGGUACUUUAUUUUAUUAACCUUGAAGGCAAUGUUGGCUUUGGUUGGGUCUGCACUCACAACACAAAGAUCCCGAAGUAAUAACACAAGGCAUUCUACCAGCAAAUUUUUCACAUCAACUCAGGCCUAGAAAUUCAAAGUCAAGUAUGAUUGAAUGGUGUGCAAAUGUGUGGCUUAGUGGUCAGGAUGUUGCACUCACAGUCCGAGAUUAUAGUUUCAAUUCCUGGACCAGGUGUUGUGCUGUGUUCUUGAGAAAAAACACUCCAUUUCACAUUGCUGCAGUCCACUCGGCUGCAAACAGGUCACCUUGUGAUGGCCAACAUUCUCUUCAGAGGGAAAGAUAACCUGUUCACCAUCAUUCUACCACAAUGCAAAGAAACGCAUUGUGACCAGCAGUGUGUAACUACAUCCGACAGUCUGGUUGAUAUUGUGACGAUUGAGUGACUGGUGCUCGUUUUGUUAACCACAGAAGGUGAAGGGCAAUGCCAGACUGCUUGUGGGAAUUGAACCAAGUUACAGUGGUAGUAAUAAUUGUUCAUGUUGGCACCGCUCAUGAGUGGUGGUCACUAAUUGAUUACAAUUCAUACAUUCUGCAGCCUAGUUCAACACCACCUCCAUUAAUGAGUCAGUCUAUGAAAGAUUAUUAGGGUGGUGGUGGUGAUGGAGAAGGCAAUCAUGAAGUCUGUUCUUGUCAUGAGUGUAUUUAACUGUUUUUAAGUAUUUGAAUUAGGCCUCCUGUCUGCUGUUUCUUCCACAUACUCUUCGUCACUACUCUCGAAGGCCCUGUAUAAGCAGGUUUGGCUUUUGCCUUCUUCCUGUAACUUAGCUAUUAAUACCAACCACCCUUUGAACCAUCCAUCCAUGCACUUCCCCUUUCCACUGUUUCAGGGAGGAUUCGUGGGGGAAAGAAUCCUCAGGUGCCUCCUCCACAGGGUCCUGUCAAGAAACAACCAUUGUCAGACUUAGCUGGAUUCCCAAGCUUGACCAACAGAGACUAUGGAUGCUAUCCCACCAUCAUGUUCUUGAUCUACCCCAAGGACUCCUGCCAGUUGGCUUGGUUUGAAGAAUCCAUUUCUAAUCCUUUCCUGUUGCAUUCUAAUCACAUGUCUGUAGUACUGGGUCUGUGACCUCUCAAUGCAGAGAAGUAACUACUCAACCUGGAGAGACUCAGAUCAGAUGCUGUCGGAUUUGAAAUCAUUUUACCGUGAUAAUAUUUAGUCAGGUGUGCAAAUUGAGAGAAUCAGUAAAGCAGCUGUGAGAAUAACCUGUCGUCUGUUGUGGCAAAGUUUCUACAGCUGGAUGCCCUCCCUAACAUCAUCCACUUUACAAUGUAAUAGGUGCUUUUUAUGUAACACCAGCACAGGUGCCUACUACAUGGCACCAGCUUGGGUGCUUUUUCAUGUGGCAGUUGCACAGGUGCUCUUUUACAUGACAUCAGCAUGGAUGCCUUUUAUAUGGUGCCAGUAUACAAACCUGCUUUCUUCUAUCAGUUCUCAUGGCAACGUACUCUACCUCCCUUUUGUAGUAUGACAAAUUACUAGUCCUAUCAUAAGUCGAGGUCAUUUUCCAUUGGGCAUAUCACUCAGAAAGCCCCACAGGCUGCAGUGUGCUCAUGACUGUGAUAAAAGCAUGCAACUGUAAGAAGAAAAAAAAGGUCCUCAAAAGAAUAUACCAACCAGAGGAGGCCUGAACUUUGCAGGCAACUUGCUUAGAAGAACUGUAUGUAACUCUGGCUAAAAAUACUGCUAAAGGUUGGAGCAGAUCCCUUUAGUCUCUGGUGCCAGUAGCUCACUAAAAUACAGCUAGUGAAUGGUGAAGGGAAGAGCAACCAUUUUCAAAAAGCUUUAAAAACAUAGAAACAACAUCAAAUAGAUUGUUGGGUUUUUCUAUUAUUCUGUGCAGGACCUUCUUGAGGUAUGGAUAACCUGGACAGAUGCUCAGGAACCCCAAUUCUGAUCUAUGUAUGUUGUGGCUUCUUGUCAAUAAAAGAUACCAUAGGGCCCAGUGCAUUGAUUUUCCUGGGGUUGAAGGAGCUGUAAAGCUGAUAAGAUAGCUCUAGUUCUGGGUGCGAAAUAAAGGGCCACACCCUGUGGUGAAAUGCUGUGAGAUUUGUUCAACCUCUGCCAGUAUUGGAAGAACGGAUACAAAUUAACAAGGAAGGGUAUUUGUAGUUUCUGAAUUAUUUAAUUUAAUCUUCCUGAACAGAUUAACCCUUUCACAGCCUUGUUACUAACAAAAUACCCCUGUGUUCAGUUAAUUUUCUCCAAAAUAGUCAAGUACUUCGGAAGAUUAUGAAGCUGGUGUUUGGGAUAUGUUUUAUAAACAAAACUCAAUUUCAAAUCCUUCUAGGGUCAGCAUUGCUUUUCAUCCUUUCGGGGUUAAUAAAAUGAAGUACCAGUCAGACUUGCCCCCUUUUCUCACCUUUAAAUUGCAGGUUUUAUGCCAAAAUUAGAAAGAAUAUCUUAUGUAAAACAUGUUGGAAUUUUCAUGUAUGAUUGUAUUACGAUGAAGGACAUCAAAGAAACGGGGAGUUAUAUGGAAGGUAUCAAAUACCUUAAGUAACCGAAAAGUAAAUUCUAUUGAUUGAAAAAAAAAAGGGACUAGCAUCUCAUGGUCAAGUUUGCUGAGUAAACCACCUGGUUCCUGGUUCAAUCCCACUUCUGAACAGUUUGGGCAAGUGUUUUCCACUGCAGCUUUGGGUUGACCACAGCCAAGCAAAUACAAUAUGGAAACUGCAUCAAGUGGUGUCCUUUUACAUCAAAGGGUAAAUUAACCAUUCAAUAAUCAGAGAUCAAUAAAAUUAAUUGAUAGAAUUGAAUAAAACUUUUAACCCUU